UCUCCUUACAGCACUCCCGAUCUGCUCGUUUUCUUGUAAGUUCUUUCUCUUUCUCUUGUGGAUGCUGUCGAUUUUUUUUCGCUCAUCUGAUCAUCAUGAACAAAAGAAGUUCUUAGUUUAUUUGAAAUUAUAUGUGGUUUUUUGUUAAUUGAUGACAAUGAUUUUGAUCAUCCAUUUCUUGUAAUUUAUUGUUUUCACUUGAAGAGGGCGACGGGUUCAGAAUUAUCUGAUUUGGUAAUUUCAUUCGGGCAGGCUCUUAUUUUUGUACAUAUAUGUGUGCAAGUAGUAGCAAUGGCGCGCAGAUAUCUGUGUGUGUAUGUAUGGAGGUCUUGAUUGUGUGUUCUGGAUGUCUCGAUUUAUGUAUGGGAAGGGACAAUAGAAAAUUUUCCCAUUUUUCGCCCGAGCGAGGCUUUGAAAAAUGGGAGGUGGAAAGGACAAACAUGACGAGUCUCAUGACAAAGGGCUUUUCUCACACCUUGGUCAUGGUGCCCCUGGAUAUCCUUCAUCUGGGGCAUAUCCUCCCCAGGGCUAUCCUCCUCAAGGAUACCCCCAGCACGGCUAUCCCCAACAAGGGUAUCCCCCACAAGGCUACCCACCAUCUGGCUACCCUCCAGCUGGUUACGCUCCAGCUGGUUAUCCUAGCCAACCUGCUCCGCAUCAUUCAGGGCACGGAGGCAUGGGGGCACUGAUGGCUGGAGGAGCUGCUGCUGCUGCAGCUGCUUAUGGUGCUCACCAUUUGGGACAUGGCAGUCACCAUCUUGCACAUGGUGGUGCUCAGUACAUGCCUGGUUCCCACAAGCAGGGAAAAUUUAAGCACCAUGGAAAGUUCAAACAUGGGAAGCAUGGGAAAUUUGGGAAGCAUGGGAAAUUUGGAGGAAAGUUCAAGAAGUGGAAGUGAUUUGUUGUCCCUUUCUAAUACAUCAGUAAUGUUGAUCCUUUCAGUUGCUGAUCUGGUUUUUAUGAAUAAAUUGUAGAUUCUGUAAUGGCUGGCGGGUAGACAUUGUUGCUGAUGUCUGGCACUCUGGCUCAACAUAAUUAGACUAUAUGCCUAAAUAAUAUUGCUUCCGUACAUUUU